AUGCCAAUAUCACAGCAGGCGAAUGGGAGGCAAACAAUAUCGUUGCCGCAGUAUAGCCGGCCCACCGGUAUUCAGAGAAUACCACCAGCGGCAAUGAAUCAGAGCAAUAUCGUGGAUAUGCCGAACAUGAAUGGCCAGCAUAUCUCGGAAUCCCCGGUCUCGAUGGACUCUAGCAUCAAUCAUGCGACCGCAGGGGGGGAUUUCUCUUCAAGAGAAACAGGAUCAAAGAAUAACUCAACAGGAUCAGAGGAUAAAUCAACAAGACCAGAGGACAAGAGGAUUUUUCAACUUGAAAGCAACCUCCUUAAGAACCAAGACCUAUUAAUGCAAAUGCGCUGCUAUUUGGAGAGUGAACAGCCCAACGAUGCGCCUCUUUAUAUGGAGGACACGGAUAAUAUCCCAAAUCAAGGGACAUUUAUCCCAUAA